AUGGAAAGGACCAAUGACUCCACGUUGACAGAAUUUGUCCUGGUAGGGCUUUCUGCCUACCCAAAGCUCCAGACAGUUUUCUUCGUUCUAAUUUUGUGGAUGUACCUGAUGAUUCUGCUUGGAAAUGGAGUCCUUAUUUCAGUUAUCAUCUGUGAUUCUCACCUGCACACUCCCAUGUAUUUCUUCCUCUGUAACCUUUCCUUCCUCGAUGUUUGCUACACAAGUUCCUCUGUCCCACUAAUUCUUGCCAGCUUUCUGGCAGUAAAGAAAAGGGUUUCCCUCUCUGGGUGUAUGGUGCAAAUGUUUAUUUCUUUUGCCAUGGGGGCCACAGAGUGCAUGCUCUUAGGCAUAAUGGCACUUGACCGCUAUGUGGCCAUCUGCUACCCACUGAGAUACCCUGUCAUCAUGAGCAAGGGUGCCUAUGUGGCCAUGACAGCUGUGUCCUGGGUCACUGGGCUUGUGGACUCAGUAGUGCAGACAGCUCUUGCAAUGCAGUUACCAUUUUGUGCUAAUAAUGUCGUUAACCAUUUUGUCUGUGAAAUUCUGGCUAUCUUGAAACUGGCCUGUGAUGAUAUUUCAAUCAAUGUAAUUAGUAUGACAGGGUCAAAUCUGAUUGUUUUGGUUAUUCCAUUGGUAGUAAUUUCCAUCUCUUACAUAUUUAUUGUUGCCACUAUUCUGAGGAUUCCUUCCACUGAAGGAAAACAUAAGGCCUUCUCCACCUGCUCAGCCCACCUGACAGUGGUGAUUAUAUUCUAUGGAACCAUCUUCUUCAUGUACGCAAAGCCUGAGUCUAAAGUCUCUGCUGAUUCCAGUAGUGAAGACAUAAUUGAGGCCCUCGUCUCCCUCUUCUAUGGAGUGAUGACUCCCAUGCUCAAUCCUCUCAUCUAUAGUCUGCGAAACAAGGAUGUAAAGGCUGCUGUCAAAAACAUACUGUGUAGGAAAAAAAUUUCUGAUGGAAAAUGA